AUGAUGGAGAGGAUAAGAAAGGAGAUGAUUCUGAUGGAACGGGGGCUGCACAGUCCCGCUGCUGGAAAAAGGCUUGCGAAUUUGUCAGACUCAGCUGGAAACGCUGUGUUGGAGGCCCUCGAAAAUUCUCAGCACGGUGGUCGCCUCAGCCCGAGACUGACUUCCGCCUCUCUACAUGGCAACCUGGAGGAUAUCCCCACCAAAGGCAAGUUCGAAAUAGACAGUUUGUUCAGUCCGCACCACCACGCGGGCGACAAUACCUCCUCCGCCGAGAUCUCGUCUUCGGAAAACCGGAAGAAAAUCAGCUUGUAUCCAGACGCUUCUCAAGACUCAGACAUGAACAGUGAUGUGGAGGUGGGGUGCCCUGCGCAUCGCUCUCCCAGCAGCCUCGGUGCCAGCCAGCACAAGGAGAACAACAACAAAGGUUUUUCUGACAGUAAUUCUGGAACCUCAAACACAAGUUCUUCGUCCCUAUCCAACCUAAACGUCAACGGUAAUUCAAUAGGCAGCUCGAGCAGUUCGAACUCGGAUCAGGUGAGGAGGUACCGGACUGCUUUCACCAGGGAACAGAUAGGAAGACUGGAGAAGGAGUUUUACAGGGAAAAUUACGUCUCAAGACCAAGGAGAUGUGAAUUGGCCGCAGCUUUAAAUCUACCUGAAACUACAAUAAAGGUGUGGUUCCAGAACAGGAGGAUGAAGGACAAGAGACAGCGACUGGCGAUGUCUUGGCCACAUCCAGCCGAUCCAAGCUUUUACACCUACAUGAUGACGCACGCUGCUGCCACCGGAAGUCUACCAUACCCUUUCCAUUCCCACAUGCCUCUGCACUAUUACCCUCACGUGGGUGUCACGGCGGCAGCUGCUGCCGCGGCCGCGUCAGGUGCUGCUGCAUCACCUUUUGCUACCUCCAUCCGCCCUCUCGAUACUUUCCGCGCACUCUCGCAUCCCUACUCACGGCCGGAGCUGCUCUGCAGCUUCCGGCACCCGGGACUCUAUCAGUCGCCCGCAGGCCUCAACAGCUCGGCCGCGGCGUCGGCGGCGGCGGCGGCGGCAGCAGCGGCCGCGGCGGUCAGUGCGCCUUCGGCCACCGGUCCCUGCUCCUGCCUCAGCUGCCACAGCAGCCAGGCCGCCAGCGCCCUGGGGUCAAGGAGCGCCAGCACAGACUUCACCUGUACAGCAACCGGGCAAAGGUCCGAGAGUGGAUUUUUGCCUUACUCCGCCGCCGUACUGAGCAAAACUGCGGUUGCGUCGCCAGAUCAGAGAGAGGAGGCGACACUGAACAGAUAA